AUGGAUCCAGAUGCAGUUUCUAAGGCAUUCGUUGAACACUACUAUUCAACGUUCGAUGCGAAUCGAUCUGGGCUUGCGAAUCUGUACCAGGAAGGUUCGAUGUUGACCUUCGAGGGCCAGAAGAUAAUGGGAUCGCAAAAUAUUGUGGCGAAGCUCACCAGUCUGCCAUUCCAGCAGUGCAAGCACCAGAUCACAACCGUUGAUUGUCAGCCAUCUGGACCUGCCGGCGGUAUGCUUGUUUUCGUCUCAGGUAAUCUCCAACUCGCCGGUGAACAGCACGCGCUCAAGUUCAGUCAGAUGUUCCAUUUGAUGCCAACACCACAAGGAAGCUUCUAUGUGUUCAAUGACAUUUUCCGCUUAAACUAUGCAUGA